CCUGGGGCUUUGCUGAUCCCUGGGUUAGCGACUUCUGUAUGAGGCCCAGCCUGACUCUGCCAGACUCGGCUCCUUGUUCGUCUCGCAGCCUGGAAACCAGCGGCUCCCUGGGACCCUGGGCAGGGCAGGCCCGCGGACAGGGAGAAGGGCAAAGAUGAAGAGCGGCAGGGCUCAGGCUGCCUGCCUGGGGCCCGAGCAGGUGUCACUGGAGUCCCCCACGCCUGGAGUCCAAAGACUGUUCCUGAUUAGCCUAGUGAGCUGCAGUCGCUCUCCUUGCAUGGGGCAGGAAGAAAAGGAGCCAGCCAUGGUCCCGCUGCUUGGGAGCGUGGUGCAGAGCUCACAGUGAGACAUUGCAAUGCCCCCGGAAAGGCCUCCACGCCCUGCACCACCCUCAGCCUUCCCCCUUCUCUGGCACGUCCCAUCUGGCUCCCAAAGAGCUUCCCAGGCAGGAGUGAAUCAGUCUUCACCGCUCCCCAGAGAAAGUCAGUCUCAUUGUCCCUAUUUCUCAGAAGGGGAAACGUAGGCUGGAGGAGGCUCCUGGAUGCAGCGCGGCCUGUGGGGCGUGCGGAGGGCGUGGGGCGUCUGAUGCCCCCGCCGGGAUCGCCAAGAGCCAUGACUUCAACUGUGCAGACGCUGCGCUUCAGGCUGCUGCCGCACGAGCCCGGGCAGGAGUGGGUGCACAGCUGUGAGCAGGAGAUCGAGCGCCGGUACCAGGUGGUGCCCUCGGUCGUGUGCGCCAUGUGCUGCCUCUUUGGGAUCAUCUAUUGCUUCUUCGGCUACCGCUGCUUCAAGGCCGUCAUGUUCCUGACCGGGCUGAUGUUUGGCUCCAUCAUCAUCUUCAUGCUGUGCUACAAGGAGCGGGUGCUGGACACGCAGCUGAGCGUGGAGGCCUCGGUGGGCAUCGGGCUGGGCAUCGGCGUCCUGUGCGGGCUGGUCACCAUGCUGGUGCGCAGCGUCGGGCUCUUCAUGGUGGGGCUGCUGCUGGGGCUGCUGCUGGCGCUGGCCACGCUGGUGGCCAUGGAGCAGUUCUACCACCCGCCCACGGUGUGGAUCCCCAUCGGGCUGCUGCUGGGCGUGGGCAUGCUCGGCGCCGUGCUCACCCUGCAGUGGCAGAAGUUCUUCACCACCCUCUCCACGGCCGUCUUCGGCAGCGCCAUCAUGACCGUCACCGUCGACUACUUCAUCGAGCUGCUGCUGCUGGUGCAGUACGUCUACGAGCGCGUCAAGGUGGCGCCCGCGCGGCCCAUGUGCUGGUACAGCUGGGUCAUCCUGGGCGUCUGGCCUGUCCUCGCCACGCUGGGCGUGCUGGUGCAGUGGAAAGUCACGGCCGAGGGGUACUCCCACACCGAAGUGGUUAUCAGCCGGCAGCAGCGCCGGGUGCAGCUGAUGAGGAUCAAGCAGCGGGAGGAGCGGAAGGAGAAGAAGAAGCAGCGGAGGCCACCCCAUCCCCCUCCCCACCCACACAAAGCCCACCCGCCCGAGCCCAGCUACCGACGCAAGCCAACCCCCGUGCGGCGCUUUGACGGGGACGUGCUCUCCCCCAGCUACAUCCAGAGCUUCCGGGAGCGGCAGACGGGGACGUCGCUGAGCAGCCUCAUCACAAGCACGCACGCCGUGGUUGACCUGGACUAUGACUGCGGCUCUACGGUGCCCUUGACCAUGGGCUCUGGCCCAGCUCUUCGGGUAUAGCCCAGACCCCCCGACCUCUCGUGACACCAGCAGCAGGGCCCUGCCAGGGCCAGCAUGGACCGACACACCAGGGCCGGCACGGACCAGCCCUCCAGAGACACCAGGGCCCUGCCAGGGCCAGCAGGGACCGACACACCAGGGCCAGCAGGGACCAGCCCUCCAGAGACACCAGAGCCAGCACGGACCAGCCCUCCAGAGACACCAGGGCUCCGCCAAGGCCAGCAUGGACCGACACGCCAGGGCCAGCACGGACCAGCCCUCCAGACACACCAGGGCUCCGCCAGGGCCAGCACGGACCGACACGCCAAGGCCAGCACGGACCGACACGCCAGGCCAGCACGGACCAGCCCUCCAGACACGCCAGGGCGAGCAGGAGUCAGCGCCAGGGGUGUGGGAGGCGACGCUGUGGCCCGUUUGGGGCAGGGAGCCCAUCGACGGGGCAGGCGCAGGGCCGUGCCCAGUGAUCGCUGGCCGGCGAGCAGUGCCGGGAGAGGGUUAGUCCCGCUCGCUGGCACAGACCCUGCAUGGCGGCAUGGGACACGUGGACUCAUGGAGCAGGGUGAGCGCCCCACUGCCACUCCCCGAGGGGGCACAGCCCGUGGCAGGGCCUGAUGAGCCAAACGCGCCCCAGAGUUCCUGGUGUCCCCACCUUUCCCCCGAGGCCCCCAGGGCAGCUCCCUCCAUGCCAGCCCUUAGCCCCCCACUGACCCCCAAGCAGCUCAGUGAGCAGUUUCCUGAGAGCCUGUUCCCCCCCAUCUCUGCCCCCCCAGCGUAGCUCCAUGGUGCCUGUUCCCCCCAUCUCUGUCCCCCCAGCGUAGCUCCAUGGUGCCUGUUCCCCCCCAU